AUUCCCAAGAUGGAGAAGACAUUUCAGAAGAAGUUGACUUUGGCGCAGUGAAGAGUGAAGCAGAGAUGUGGCCUUCUAUCAGCGGCACUGCCAAUGCAACAGAAGUGGGUGGACUGGAUGCACAUUCAAUCUCUCCAGUGGAAAAGUGCACUGAGCCAACUGUAGCUGGCAAAGAGACCAAGCUCUACAGCUGUGCUGACUGCAGCUAUAAAAGUCCAUGGAUUUCUGCUUUGAAGACACACAUCAGAACACACACUGGUGAAAAACCAUUUAGUUGCGAAUUAUGUGACUACAAAUGUUCUAAUUCAAGUUCUUUGAAGAGACACAUCAGAACACACACUGGUGAAAAACCAUUUAGUUGCGAAUUUUGUGACUUCAAAUUUGCUACUUCAGACCAUUUGAAGAGACAUAUCAGAACACACACUGGUGAAAAACCAUUUAGUUGCGAAUUUUGUGACUACAAAUGUGCUCAAUCAAGUGAUUUGAAGAAUCACAUCAGAACACAUACAGAUGAAAAACCAUUUAGUU